AUGAUUAUUCGCCCUCGUGACAAACCGUGGAUAACGAAUGAAACGAAGAAACAGAUAGUUUCACCUGCUGAGAAAAUAGAUGAAGAAACAACCGAUACCGAAACGGAUAAAGAUUCCCCUAAUGAAGAAACUAAUGAAGAAUCAACUGAUGAGGAAACAGAAGACAAGUCAGCUGUUUGUGAAGCAGAUGAAGAUUCAAUCAUUAUAGAAAAUAUCGAAGGUAACAAUGAUGAAGAUGUAGAUGAAAUAUCAACAAUUGAAGAAACAAAGGAAGGAGACACUGAUGCAGAAUCAAAUGCAGCAUUAACAGAUGAGGAAACAGAUGAAGUUGAAAUUGAAGCAGAUACAGAUGAGAAAUUAACAAAUGAAGAAACAGAUGUAGGAGAAAUUGAUGAAGAAACAGAUGCAGUAUCUACAGAUGAGAAAUCAGACGAAGGAGACAUUGAUGAAGAUACAGAUGAAAUAUCAACAAUUGAAGAAACAAAGGAAGGAGACACUGAUGCAGAAUCAAAUGCAGCAUCAACAGAUGAGAAAACAGAUGAAGGUGAAAUUGAAGCUGAUACGGAUGAAAUAUCAACAGAUGAAGAAACAGAUGAAGGAGAAAUUAAAGCUGAUACAGAUGAAAUAUCAACAGAUGAAGGAGCAAUUUAA